AUGAAGUUGUUCACCGGUCUCGCUUUUGCCUCUGCGGCCUUUGCUGCCUAUUCCGAUACCUGCAUUGGUGUGGAUUCCGCUAAUUGCGAUGGAACCUGCUCUGCUCAACUUGAGACCUGUGCUCCAGCAGGUGGACUUACUAGUUCUGAUUUGGCCUGUUGCACCGCCGCUGAUGCCGAUUACGUCUGUGGCGCUAACUUGUGCGGCAAUUUGCCAUCUGCAAACUUUAACCAGAUUGCUUGCUGCGCUGACUCUGCCGAGCCCGAGGUUCCCGGUAUUCCAACUGACGCUCCAGUUGAGCCAACCGCCGAUCCAAACGUCCCCACUGAGAGCUCAACCAUUGAUCCAUCUCAACCAACUCAACCCACCGAUGCCGCCUCUUCCACUAUGUCCCCAACAAGUGGUGCCACUGGAACAACAACAGAAACUACAACUGAAUCUGGUGCCAGCUCCGUAGUUAUGGCCUCUGUUCUCGCGCUUUUGGCUGUUUUCUACCACUAA